AUGCCUUCAUAUCAAUUUUAUCCAAAAAAUAAUUUCUUGAUAAACUCAUUCCACAGCUCAGUCUCCAAAUUCCAUGGUAGAACAACCCUACAGUUCUUCAAGUACAGUUCUUCACUCCCCUCCAAGAAUCUAUCUUUUAGUGCAACCCAUGAUACCAUCCACUCAGAUUCAUUCCCCAAGAAAAAACCACAAAGAAGACCCAAUCUUUUGCCAAAACAGAGAAGCAAAAGGUGGAAUUUGGGUAGUGAAACACCCAUUUCACAGUCAAGUGAUAGGGAGAGGAUAUCUAGUAAUUCUUGGUUUGAUAAAUGGAAUAAAAUGGACAGGCCAAAUGGCGUGAGAAGGCCCCCAGUAGCGUUGAAUUAUAGGAAUAGUGGGGAUGUUUCGAGUUCUGAUUGUGAAGAAAGUACUAGUACUAGUAGUGGUGGUAGUACAAUGGAGAGGAUUGUUGAGAAGUUGAAGAAGUUUGGGUACACGGAUGAUAUUAACGAGAACAAUGGGAAUGUAGGAAGAGUGAUUGAAAAAGGGUCAAUAGAAGAUAUAUUUUAUGUUGAGGAAGGGUUAUUGCCAGAUACAAGAGGUGGGUUCUCGGAGAAGUCGUUGUUCAGGGAUGAGAGUAGUAAUGGAAAGGUGAGGUUCCCAUGGGAGAAAAAAGCGGUAGAGGAUGAGGAGAAGCGGAGUUUAGACAGACGAAAGGUUAGGAGUUUGGCUGAGUUGACUCUUCCUGAGUCGGAGCUGAGGAGGUUGAAGAACUUGGCUCUUCGGAUAAAGAAUAAGACAAGGAUUAGUGGUGCAGGUAUUACACAACAGGUUGUGGAGACUAUUAAAGAGAAAUGGAAAACAUCUGAGGUCGUGAGGUUGAAAAUUGAGGGUGCUCCUGCCCUCAACAUGAAGCGAAUGCACGAGAUUUUAGAGAGAAAAACUGGUGGGUUGAUUAUCUGGAGAUCUGGCACUUCUGUUUCUCUUUACAGAGGUGUAACUUAUGAAGACCCUGCUGAAAAAUUGAAGAAAAGGAUGUUCGACAAAAAUGAAAUUUCUCGUAAGUCCUCUUCCACUGCUUCUGACGAGGCUAGUCCCUCUGGACAUGGUCCUUCAAGUGAUAUGGAUGCACCUCAAGCAGAGACUAUACACACUGGCUCAGACAGUAAAAACAAUGAAACACUGAUGGAAGUGAAAUAUGAAGAUGAAGUAGAGAAACUAUUAGAUGGACUUGGCCCAAGGUAUACAGAUUGGCCUGGAGAUAGCCCACUUCCUGUAGAUGCAGAUUUCCUCCCAGGAGUCAUCCCUGGUUAUCAGCCUCCCUUCAGAUUACUUCCUUACGGUGUGAGAUCAACCCUUGGAACAAAGGAGGCGACCUCUUUACGGAGACUUGCCAGAGUUCUGCCACCACAUUUUGCACUAGGCAGAAGCAGACAGCACCAAGGAUUAGCUGCAGCCAUGAUAAAGUUAUGGGAAAGAAGUAAAAUUGCCAAAAUUUCUCUAAAACGUGGGGUACAGCUAACUACAAGUGAAAGAAUGGCUGAAGAUAUCAAGAGAUUGACUGGCGGUAUGCUGCUCUCUAGAAACAAGGACUUUUUGGUGUACUACAGAGGGAAGGACUUUUUGUCGCCGGAUGUUGCUAAAGCAUUAUUGGAAAAGGAGAGAUUGGCAAAAACCUUGCAAGAUGAAGAAGAACAAGCACGUUUGAGAGCAUCAACUUUUGCUAUACCAAGUGUGGAAGAUACUGAUAAGUCUGGAGUUGCAGGUACACUCAAAGAAACUUUAGAUGCAGAUGCUAGAUGGGGAAAACGGCUGGAUGAUGAGGAAAAGGAAAAGAUGAUGAGAGAAGCCGAAGUGUUAAGGCAUGCUGACCUUGUCAGAAAGCUUGAGAAGAAGCUUGCUUUUGCUGAGAGAAAGCUAACGAAAGCAGAACGAGCAUUGUCAAAGGUAGAGGAGUUUUUAAAUCCAGCCGAUCAUCCAGCAGACCCAGAAAGCAUUACCGAUGAGGAAAGGUUCAUGUUUCGGAAGCUUGGUUUAAGAAUGAAAGCCUUUUUACUUCUCGGUAGGCGUGGAGUUUUUGGUGGUACAGUGGAGAACAUGCACUUGCACUGGAAGUACCGUGAAUUGGUCAAAAUCAUUGUAAACGCUAAAAACUUUGAGGAGGUUAAAAAUAUUGCACUAUCUCUUGAAGCCGAGAGUGGUGGUGUGUUGGUUUCAGUAGACAAAGUAUCCAAGGGUUAUGCCAUAAUUGUUUUCCGGGGUCGGGAUUAUAAAAGGCCUUCCUCUCUAAGGCCAAAGAAUCUUUUAACAAAGCGGAAGGCAUUGGCACGUUCAAUUGAACUUCAAAGACAUCAGGCUCUCAUGAACCAUAUUUCAACAUUGCAAACAAGAGUGAACCAGCUAAAUUCGGAAAUUGAACAAAUGGCGGCUGUGAAAGACCGGGGUGAUGAGGAACUUUAUAAUAAACUAGAUUCUGCUUACCUUACUGAAGAAGAGGAUAGCGAGGUGGACGAAGAAGAUGCUUACCUUGAGACUUACAACAGUGGGGAUGACGGGGUCCAUGAAAAUGAUAUUUCAGUUCAGAAUCUUCAGUCGGAAACAAAUUUUCCACAUGGUUUCAAAGAUGAAUCAGAAACGGAACUUCGAGAGGUAUAA